AAGAAGCAAAUGAAAAACGACGUAGCCCGCUGGCAGAAAGACUAGGAGAGAGGCUGUCUUUCUGGGACGUAUUUGUACUUGGAGCUUUGCUGUAGUUUAUGCGACAAGACAGCGGAGUUAACAAGUCUGCCAAGAUUUUGAGGUGCUCCUCUCCCGAAUUUCUUGCUCUUACAUGGUAACAAAGAGCUGAAGAAAAGAGAGUGAAGAUGGCAGUUUGGAUUCAGGCUCAGCAGUUGCAGGGAGACGCCCUGCACCAGAUGCAGUCUCUCUACGGCCAACACUUCCCUAUUGAGGUCCGACACUACCUGUCUCAGUGGAUAGAGGGACAGCUCUGGGAUGCUGUGGACCUAGAGAACCCUCAGGAGGAGUUCAAGGCCAAGCGUCUGCUGGACAGCCUCAUCCAGGAGCUGCAGAAGAAGGCCGAGCACCAGGUGGGAGAGGACGGCUUCCUGCUCAAGAUCAAACUGGGUCACUACGCCACACAGCUAAAGAACACAUAUGACCGCUGUCCCCUGGAGCUGGUGAGAUGUAUCAGACACAUCCUCUACACUGAGCAGAGACUGGUCAGAGAGGCCACCAAUUCGAGCUCCCCUGUGGGUGGGAUGAUGGACAGCAUGUCCCAGAAGUACCAGCAGAUCAACCAGCUGUUUGAGGAGCUGCGCGUGCUGACGCAGGACACGGAGAACGAUCUGCGCAAGCUGCAGCACAACCAGGAGUACUUCAUCAUCCAGUACCAGGAGAGCCUGCGCAUACAGGCCCAGCUGAGCAGUCUGGCCACCCUCCCCCCUGCGGAGCGACAGCUGAGAGAACCGGCGCUGCUCAGCAAGAGAGCCACAGUGGAGGCCUGGCUCACCAGGGAGGCCAAUACACUACAGAAAUACAGACUGGACCUGGCUGAGAAACACCAAAAGACAUUGGCCAUGCUGCGGAAGCAGCAGACGGUCAUCCUGGACGACGAGCUCAUCCAGUGGAAGAGACGCCAGCAGCUGGCCGGCAACGGAGGUCCCGCCGAAGGAGGCCUGGACAUCCUGCAGUCCUGGUGUGAGAAGCUGGCUGAGACCAUUUGGCAGAACAGGCAGCAGAUCAGGCGAGCGGAGCACUUGCGGCAGCAGCUGCCCAUCCCCGGCCCCAUCGAGGAGCUGCUCACCGAGCUCAACGGCACCAUCACCGACAUCAUAUCAGCCCUCGUCACCAGCACCUUCAUCAUAGAGAAGCAGCCUCCCCAGGUGCUGAAGACCCAGACCAAGUUUGCGGCGACGGUGCGUCUGCUAGUGGGGGGCAAGCUGAAUGUGCACAUGAACCCACCGCAGGUCAAGGCCACCAUCAUCAGCGAGCAGCAGGCCAAAGCCCUGCUCAAAAACGAGAACACCAGGAAUGACAGCAGUGGAGAGAUCCUUAACAACAACUGUGUGAUGGAGUACCACCAGACCACGGGCACCCUCAGCGCACACUUCAGAAACAUGUCCCUGAAGCGGAUCAAGCGUUCGGACCGGCGGGGCGCUGAGUCGGUGACGGAAGAGAAGUUCACCAUCCUCUUCGAGUCCCAGUUCAGCGUAGGCGGCAACGAGCUGGUGUUUCAGGUGAAGACUCUCUCCCUACCUGUGGUGGUCAUUGUUCACGGUAGCCAGGACAACAACGCCACGGCAACAGUCCUGUGGGACAACGCUUUCGCUGAGCCGGGCCGGGUGCCCUUCAUAGUGCCUGAUAAGGUGCUGUGGUCUCAGCUGUGCGAGGCCCUGAACAUGAAGUACAAAGCGGAGGUGCAGAGCACCCGGGGCCUGUCGGAGGAGAACCUGGUCUUCCUGGCCCAGAAAGCCUUCAACAGCUCCAGCGGCAACCCUGAAGACUACCGCAACAUCACCAUGACCUGGUCCCAGUUUAACAGGGAAAGUCUGCAAAUGAGAAACUUCACCUUCUGGCAGUGGUUUGAUGGUGUCAUGGAACUCACUAAGAAACACCUGAAGCCUCACUGGAACGACGGUGCGAUCCUCGGCUUUGUGAACAAACACCAGGCCCAGGACAUGCUGAUGUCCAAACCCAACGGCACCUUCUUGCUGCGCUUCAGUGACUCAGAGAUCGGCGGCAUCACCAUCGCCUGGGUGGCUGAGAACCCCAACAAAGCAGGAGAGCGUAUGGUAUGGAACCUAAUGCCCUACACGACCAAAGACUUCUCCAUCCGCUCGCUGGCAGACCGCAUCAGUGACCUGAACCACCUGCUCUACCUCUACCCUGACCGGCCCAAGGAUGAGGUCUUCUCCAAAUACUACACCCCACCUCUCUCCAAAGCAGUGGAUGGCUACGUCAAACCUCAAAUCAAACAAGUUGUACCAGAAUUCACAACAGCCAAUGCCGACCCUGCAGUCAACCCAACCUACAUGGAUCACGCUGCAUCACCUGCUGUUAAUCAUCCACACAGCUACGGCCUCUACCCACCCAUGAGUGACCCCAUGCUGGACACUGACGGCGACUUCGACCUGGAUGACACCAUGGAUGUAGCACGGCAUGUGGAGGAGCUGUUACGCCGACCGAUUGAGAGCCAGUGGAGCGGCCAGCAGUCCUGACCACUGGCCUUUUGACCUCUUACCUCAGCCCCCUCGCCGCCCACAGCCCCCUCACUGAAUCACCACCCGACCCCCCCCCCCCCCCCCCCAAGGAUCGUCUGCGUCUCAUGCUGCCCGUGCUCACACCUGUGUCUCUCUCACUGCAUUGGCGCCGAUGUGAAAUGUUGAUAAUGGUUGUGGAAUUCAAUAUUUUCUCUUCUCAUUUGUUUUGUGUUCAGCGUGCUUGCUGCCUGCCUCGUUUUGUACGGCCCCACAUAUGCCAGAAAGAGACACAAUCAUAAGGCCUAAAGCUACACCCAGUACACUAUGCUACAGUGCAGCAGUAGUGAAGAUGACAUUCGCCAGCCAUGUGAUAAUGUCAAGAGAAAUCCAAACAAGCACAUGCAUGUUUUUUUUUUGUUGUAUUACUGUCAGUGACUGAAAUAUCCCAGAUAAUGCAUUGAGAGUUCAGAAAUGUACCUGUCUUUUUUUUUUUUUAAAUCCAGGUGUAGUUCAUUCAUGAUAGUAACUGUCUUUUGAUAAGGUGUCGUGAAGGAUAUCCUCUGAUCUGCCUUGACUGACAAUGUGUAUGCUUGUCUCCAUACACACACACACACACACAGACACUUGCACACACACACACACACACACAGACACUUGCACACACACACACACACACACACAUACGCACACAUACACACACAGACACACGCACACACACACAUUCUCACACUCUGUCCUUAGUCUGUCUCCCUCUGUGUCCUCUGUGCCACUGUGCAGUCCGUGUGCUUCUGUUGACUCUGUUGUCUAGUUCAAAUAUGACAUUCUCCCUGUCCAAGAGUCCCUAUCUUCAGUCCAGCCCCACCGCUCUUGUCUCUCUUUAUGCCUUUGAUCUCCGUGACUGAGCCUUUUGGCCCUCUCCGCUUGCUGUAGUAACUGUGACCGGCCGAGUUGGUCUAAGCCCUACAACACGGCUUAGAGUGAGGAAGAAACCGAUUUAGAUUAUGGAGGUGUUCACUGUGUCCCCUUUGGGAGUGCUGAAUAUGCUCAUCCUUUUUAAAAACUGAAAAGCUUUUAUUCAAAGUGUGUCUGGGUGGCCAUUACACAAAUCCACAUUGUACGCUUAUGGUGUAAGGUAAGGUUCAAGUCUAUAUUUGAUGGUGGAACAAUUUGCAACUGUAGCAAGUUUUUUUUUUUUCUUUAAAGAUCAGUUGUCAAAACUUUUCUGCACUAUGCAUCCAUGCUUGAUGAAGACCUGAACUGUGACUGUAGAUACUGUGCUGGAGAUACAAGAUAACAUUAGAACAUACUGGAAGCAUCAUUAGGGAGAUGGGGGAUUGAAGAUAACAUUAGAAUGUGCUAGAAUUGAUAAGGUGAUGAGGGAUUGAAGAUGACAGACCACGGUAGAAGAGUGAUUGCUCAGUGUCAGAAUUUGGACACACUCUCUACCUCUUUCACCCCCCUUUCUCUCUCUCUCUCUCUGCACACAAUCUUGCUCACAUGAAAAAUGCAA